GCCAGCAGACAGUUUCAGCUCUCCACUUUCAACAACUGAUGCACAGACAGCUGCUGUUUCUCCCUUCCCCUCCUAUCGCCCCUUUAACUAUUCUCCUUCUUUCACUUCUCCCCUUACACUGCCUCUUAUUCAUCCCCUCUGUAACUUUCCCCGUCUUUUCCUCUAUACUCUGUCACUCUGCCCUGCACUUUUCCUCAGGCGGAUAUAAAGCCGGGUCCUGUUGGAGGGAGAGGGCUUGUGUAAUCCUCUGCACCGGAGAGUCCUGCUUCAGCCGGGAAAACGCCGUAACGGAGGACUUUCAAGCGCAAAGAGGACACACGUUGGAUUAAAAGGAAGGAAAGAAACAAGAAGGGAGGGAGAAGGAGGGAGGCAAAGAAAGAGAUUGGAGUUUGGCUUUGCAGGACGUAGACCAUGCCGGGCUCUGUGGCGGUGGUGCUGCUGCUGUCCCUGUUGGUCCUGUCCACAGGAAGUGAUGCCAGGAGGAUCAGGAAAAGAGGACUCAACCAUAAGGACUAUGAGUAUCCAAACCACUCCCAGUCUACGCAGCACCAGAAGAACGACAGGUGUCCGCCACCGCCUCAGAUGCUGCCAGAACGGGCCUGUGAGGUGCCAGGCUGUCGCUCAGACUCGGAGUGUGAGCGUCAUAAGCGCUGCUGCUACAAUGGCUGCAUCUACGCCUGUCUAGAGUCUGUUCAGCCCCCGCCAGUGCUGGACUGGCUGGUGCAGCCCAAGCCUCGGUGGUUGGGGGGUAACGGCUGGCUGCUGGAUGGUCCUGAGGAGGUUUUACAAGCUGAAGCCUGCAGUACAACAGAGGAUGGAGACGAACCUCUGCACUGUCCCACAGGCUACGAAUGCCACAUCAUCAACCCAGGAAACCCAGCCGCUGGCAUCCCCAACCGCGGACAGUGUAUCAAGCAGCGUGGCAACACUGAUGGACGUGGUCUGAGGCACAAAUACUUUAAGGACUACAAGGAUUACUUGGGAACCAGCUCUAACAAUGCAGUAGGCUACGAAAAACAUCAUCACAAGCACCUGGGAUGAAAUGGACCUGACCUCAGCCUCAGCUGUGACCAUAUCACAACCUCAGACUUCAACCCGCUCAUACUCUCAUCCAAGCUGACCCAGGAUCAGAUCAGAUGGUGCCUCCAAACCAACAGCUGCUACCUCCUCUGUGCAAAGCCUCUCCCUGGUCAUGAUGUCUUUUGGGACGCAGGUCUGAUGUAUUUAGAAUAUAUAACCAAAGAAAAAGUAGUUUAUACCCCUGUCUGAUUGAGGUUUUUUUAAA